ACUCACAGGUUUUUCUGAUCUGCUGUACAUCUGGAUAGAUAUAUAGUAGAUAAAUAUAUAACUAUGAUUCUUGUUUCAAUUUCAAAGCGUACUUCAUCGUAUUCAUGCAAUUAAGUUUCCAUGACAUUUGAUGUGUCUAUCAAGCCACCUUACAAUGCUCAUCACUCUCAUUUUAAUUGUUGAUUUGGUACCAUUGUCCUUGCAUUGCUGCUAUAACAGGCAUGAAGCUCUUCUUGAAAUCUUUUUAAUGCAGAAUUUUAAUCAGGAACAUCUUUUCUUGAGUUACCUUCGAACAUGGUACAGGCAAAGGAUUCCGAGUUAUACAAGCCAGUAUUGAUGGAGUCUUACACCUCACCAGAUUCCAUUGCCCAUGUAUCAGCGGCUUCAUAUCCUGCAUUAGUUUUCUGGUUUGAAUUGCCAGCAGUCGCAUCGAGGUUCGAGAGUGGUCUUCCACAUCAUCAGUUUCUUCUGGGGUUCAUCAAGAGAGCUAGUUUCCACUGUUGAGGAAAAGAUACAAUGCUUACAAAAUUGCCUGAAGAAGUCACAAAUUUGUGGAACAAAGGGGAGAUUCGAGGAAUGGUUUUGCUUAGUCUCUUACUACAGACCAUCCUCAUCAUAUUUGGUUCUCAGAGAAAGACCAUUGCCAGAAGCUGGAUCAGGAUUCUCGUUUGGUCUGCAUAUCUAUCAGCAGACAUGGUAGCAACUGUUGCAUUGGGUAAUCUAGCCAGGAGCCAAGGAGAUUCAUCAAGUGACGGUUCAAAAAAAGCAAACAAUCCCAUGCAAGCAUUUUGGGCACCUUUUCUACUCCUGCACCUUGGUGGCCCAGACACAAUCACUGCAUACUCAAUUGAAGAUAACGAGUUGUGGUUAAGGCAUUUACUUGGUCUUGGAGUCCAAGUCGUAGUGGCUUUUUAUGUCUUCUCAAGGUCUUGGGGUAACGAUAUCCUCACAUUCAUAACAAUCCCAAUGUUCGUUGUUGGCAUUAUAAAGUACGCAGAGAGGACUUGGGUGCUUAGUUCUUCAAGCUCUGAGGGCUUGAAAAAGUCAAAUCUCUCAAAAUUUCGGCCUUUUUAUCCAUUAAAGGCAUUAUCAAAAAAACGUGAUCAAGCUCUCGAGGGAAACUAUCUUCUUCAAGCUUAUACUUUUUUGGGUAUAUCCAUGUUUAUGAUGCAGGAUCUUGUCCCUGGCAUUCCUGCACUAAUCAAAAGCCAGGUGCUGAUUUCCAAAAAUACAGCAGAAGACGCCUUCAAGGUAGUAGAGAUUGAGCUUGGAUUAAUAUAUGAUAUGCUUUACACUAAAGCGCCCCUAAUUUACUCUCGUGUCGGAAUCAUUCUUCGCUCUAUCAGUUUUCCACUCACAUUUACUGCGCUUAUUUCCUUCCAAAUCCUGAUUGAUAAGCAUGCCUACUCAACUAUCGACAUUACAAUCACGUAUUUAUUGUUUGCGGCCGCUGUUUUUCUCGAGUUUUAUGCUUUUUUAUGCCUUGUUUUCUCUGACUGGACAAUGAUUUGGUUGACUGAUGAAGGAGGGAACACCCUGAGUAGUGCUCUUUAUUCUCUGAUAAGGAAGUUAACUAGAAGGGAGAGGUGGUCGAGAUCCAUUGCACAGUAUAACCUGAUAAGCUCUUCCAUUAAAAACAGGCCACUUGGAUGUUUGAAAUCGCUGGGAAUCAAUGAAAAGAUGAGGCAGAUUUUUGUGCAUCGGGUGGCUAUGAAUGUUGAUCUAAAACGUUUUAUUUUCAAACAUCUUCAAAAGAAAGCUGAGAAUACCAAGGAAGAUUUUUCUUUAAUUGAUAAGAAUCGCAGAAGUAAAAUAACUGGUCAGAGGGGAGAUGGUGUGCUAGAAAGAGAGGGACUGUUACAGAACUACAUGUGGUGCACGACUGAAGUAGAAUUCAGUCGGAGCAUUCUUGUAUGGCAUCUCGCUACAGAGAUUUGUUAUCUUAGUGAUAAAGAUGCAAGUAAUGCCUUCAAAGAAUAUUGUGAAACAAGCAGAUGUCUAUCUGAAUACAUGAUGUAUCUUUUGGUGAUGAGACCAAACAUGCUCUCUAAAGGAAUCAAUGAUGAGGGAUAUCUAGAUACUUUGCAAGACUUGCAGCGUCUAAAUCCGAACAAAACAAGAGGCGAUGAGGCGAAGAAGGGUGUUGUUGACGGAAUUUUGCGUUCCGAAUUAUCUCUUGAUGAUAUAACAUUUCAAAGUCUCUGGAAAAUAGCAAAGUCAGUGGUAAUCGGUGGGGAAAAGCUCGCCAGGCAAUUGCGGUCAUUGGAAUCUAAGAAGCGUUGGGAGAUGAAAAAUGAAGUUUGGAUAGAAAUGCUUGCAUAUGCAGCAGGUCAUUGUCCAUGGAAAGAACAUAUUCAUCAACUGAGAAGAGGUGGAGAGUUACUCACACAUGUCUUCCUUCUCAUGCUACAUUUUGGUUUGAGCGAACAGUAUGAAUUCACGCGAUUUGACGGUGACGAAGUUAGUGUAUUGGAGUUUUUUUCAUCGGACGACGGUCGAAAAUAUCAGUCGGCCGUAGAAAAGUACGCAAAAGGUAUUGUAGACAUGUCAAUGUCAAAACCCGUCGAGGCCUUGUACAGAUAUUUGGCUAAAACUGCAGACACGUCACUGUCAAGUCCCGAUGAGGAGGAAGACGAAGAACAUCUCCUGACAUUAAUUCAGAGAUAACGCAGGCAUGUCAGUGCUGUCCAGUCCCUCUGAGGUGGAGGUGGAAGAACUUAAAAAGGUAGUGGCAGCUAAAGAACAAAAGCUCAAGCACAGAGGACUGGCGCUCUUCCAGGAGGCUCGCCGAUGAUCAAUGGAAUCAGAGUAUUAGUUUUUGUUAAGUUGUGUCCAUAAUUAUUUAAGUGAGUUAACUAAAACAAAUUAGGACGUGCAAAUCGCUAAAUUUCUAUUCGGAUAACAAGAGCCAAUCAUUUUUAUUCAUUA